UUGGCAGUUAUUUCUUUGCAAGGAACAUUCAAGUUCUCUGCCAAUCCAAGGCCCUCUGAAACAAUGGAAUAUCAUUCUCAUCUAGAGAAUCUGGAUGAAGAUGGAUAUACUCAAUUAGACUUCAGGACUCAAGGCAUCCACAAAAGACCUGUAGGAUCAGAGAAAGGAAGUCAGGUUCCAUCUCCUCCUUGGCGUCUCAUUGUGGUGGCUUUGGGAAUCCUGUGCUUGGUCGCAGUAGUGGUUGCUGCAGUCCUGGGUGUCCUAGCAUUUUGGAGAUUCAAUUCAGGGAGAAAUCCAGAGGAGAAAGAAAACUUCCCGUCAAGAAAUAAAGAGAACCACAAACCCACAAAAUCAUCUUUAGAUGAGAAGGUGGCUCCCUCCAAGGCAUCCCAGACUACAGGACUUUUUCCUGGGCCUUGCCCCCCUAAUUGGAUCAUACAUGAAAAGAGCUGUUAUCUAUUUAAGAUGUCAAUAGAUUCCUGGGCUGGAAGUAGGAGACACUGCUCCCAGAUUGGUGCUCAUCUACUGAAGAUAGACAACUCAAAAGAAUUUGAGUUCAUCGAAAGCCAAACAUCUUCUCACCGUGUGAAUUCAUUUUGGAUAGGCCUUUCCCGUAGACAGACUGAAGGGCCGUGGCUCUGGGAGGAUGGCUCACCAUUCGUUCCCAACUCGUUUCAAGUCAGAGAUACAGCUUCCCAGGAAAGCUUACUGCACAAUUGUGUAUGGAUUCACGGGUCAGAGGUCUACAAUCAAAUCUGUAAUAUUUCCUCAUUCAGUAUCUGUGAGAAGCAGCUGUAAAUGUAAGGAUGAAGAUGAAGAAUCGAUAAGCAUGUCAGACUGUAAGGGUGGAACACACACAUACCACCAACAACAACAACAGCAACAGAACAGGAAAGAUGAAUAUUGAAAAUCAGAGUAAAUGCAGAAAUGCUAGAAGACCUUGUUAAAUUUUAACUUCAACUGAGAACAUGGAUGAAGAAGGUGAGACUUCUGUUCUUGUCAGCUUCAUAAAGAGAGUAGUGUUACCUUCCAGUUAGUAAGCCACUAGACAUGGAGUGAAGACACUAAGAAAUACAGAGAAUAAGUGAACAUGAGGUUCCCAGACCCAAAUGGUACAAUUGCAACAAAGCCCCCAUACCUGUCAGGGAAUAUUGCUGUAGAGGGGCCAGGGGGCUGAAGUCUGUAAGAGCCAGAGGACCAGGAUGCCUACUGCUAGUGUCUUCUAGACAGGACAGGGAAACUCUAUCCCCAAAAUAUCAACAAUAUGCUCCAUUAAACAAGACCUGAAUGAUGACAACUUUAGUUGGUAUGCCAACCUGGAUGUAGGCAUUUCACAAGGUCCCAUCUCCCACAUAAAGAACUACAUGUGAUCAAUGAUGCUGAAAGAGGAAGAAGAUCUUUUUCUAGGAACAAGCUUCCUGAUUGAUGGGUUACUGAACCCCAAGCAGUCAGCACUAAACACAUGCACAGACCAGUAACACUAAAUGGACUAGCAGGAGAUAUACAUAUAUAUGUAUGUAUGUAUGUAUAUGAAUGUUACUCAGAAAUUGUUACUGGAGUGUACAUUGUGCUUGUGUGAUUUGCUCAGUGUCUAGCAAGGCAAAAUGUACUUCUAAACUGAUAGGUAAAGAAAUGAGGGAAGAAAAUCUUCACUACAAAUAAAGCUGUUAGUUUCAUCCACAUGAUUGUGAUUAAAAUGAUGAUCACUGAAAAGCAGUGACCCCAACUUCUUCCUCAACUAGAUAACCCAAAGAGUCUUUCCAUAUCUCUGAUAGCAGAACCUGAUGUAACAUGAAAUCACAGAGGUGCUUCAUUUACAGAAAGCCUUCUCCUUAAAUAUUAUAUUUUGAAAGAUAAAUUGGAUGUGAUAGUGAAUAUUUAAAAAGCAUCCACUUAGGAUUAGUGUUUUGGAGCACAGAACAUGUUUUGUCUUUUUUUAUGAUUUAGUAUUUUGCAGUGCACAAUUGAUUCUUUAGUCAUUUCUUUACAAAAGUAUGAUUGGAAUUUGACUAUGUUUCCUGGUGGGAUCUGUCCUGUUAGCUUCUAAGCUUCUCCAUUAGCACCACUCACAUUUCCAGUGUGGAUUUCCAAGUUGCUGGAGAGCCAUUUGUAGCUUCCUCAGGCUGAUUAAUAUGUGGGCAGAAAUUGUGCUAAGUCCACUGAAUCGUUCACUUGAAAAUGAUUAAUUUUCUGUAACUUUCACCUCAAUUGAAAAACUGCUUAUUCAAGUAUGUUUGGCCUCUGAACAACCUGCCUACGUGUAGCAAUCACUAACAUAAUUUGCCUUCUUCCCAAAAUGGUUGAUUAAUUUGAUACUAGGUAGGGGAUAUUUCUACAUUGGAGCAUAAAUUUGUGUUCUUGAAGAUUUUGAAAAGUCUGAGGAAAACGUACAGUUUUGUGAAGCUUGCACUCAUUUUUUAAUAUUCAAAUUUGAAUUCUCGAAGUCUGAAAAUACUGAAGAGGGGACAGAGGUAAAUCUGAGAGGAGACAGAGAUAAAUCUGAGAGAAGUGUUAUUAACUAGCUCAAGUAGUUAGUUAAAGUACAGGAUGAGAUUUAGAGAAGACUUGAGUGUUGUGUAUGUGCACACAUGAGCUCAUGUGUGUACGUGUGUAUGCUCACCUGUGCACACUUGGAGAUCAGAAGUUGACAUCCGGUGUCAUGCACUAUCACUCCCCACCAUCUUCUUUGUUGGGAUGUGAUCUUACUGUCUCCUUAUGCUGACUGACCAACCAGUUCCCAGAUCCACCUGUCUCUCCCUCACCCAGCUCUGGAGUUGCAAAUGUGGGCUACUAUAAAUGGCUUCUAUGUGAAUAGUGAGAAUCAAAAUCGGAUUCUCAAGCUUACACAGCAUCUACUGAGCCACCUCCUCAGCCUAAUGUGCAAAUAUUUUAACUUUCGUUUCCAUUUGACUCUUUCUGGGUACCUAGAAUUGGACAGGGAAGUUCAAGAAACUAUCAACAUUAAAGAAAAUAAAUCUGGAUGCUGAAAUCAAGAUUUUCUUACUAGGAUCAGGCAGUUGAGAAAUCCCCCAGUGUGUAUGUAAAGGAUCAAGUAGAACCAGAGUUAUGAUAGAAAGGAAACUGCUCCGGCUGGUCCAGGGUAUACUAUUACCUGGCAUACUGACAGACUGUUUACAUGAGAACUUACUAUUAAUGCACAUAUGAACAGAAACACACAUAUUUGUCUAAGGGACAGAGAUGGGAUAACAGCUGCUAGCUGAACUCAAGUCUGAAGGAUGAAUUCCAGAUAGUUAAAUUUGAAGAAACAUCUACAGAGGGACUCCUGCAUUCAUUUGCCUUGGACACCACAAUAAUUUGGGCAGUUGUCCCUAAUCUUUGUCUUUAUCCCCCUACAAUGUGUUUCAAACUUAGCCGAGUAGGUUUGUUAGACCGCUGCAGUGGAUGAGCGAGCUGGGGGCAGUGCUGCAGAGCUCACACCGGUGACAAUGGUGAGGGAAAGCUGGCAGGCUGACCAACCCAGCUACCACCCAGACUCAGAACCAGGGCUAUGAGUUGGCCCACCCCAAUAUCCACCUCAUCGAUGAACUGCUGGAGCAUGGAAGGAGCUGGACCUGAAGAUCUAAAGCUCCAGGAUCUCCAUGACACAAGGCAACAACAGUAUAUCCAAGAGGAGUCCCAGUGAGGGCUCAGUACCAAGAGUGUGGCAGAAAGGCAGAGGCCUCGAACCAGAACAAUGACUCAUAGCAAAGAACACUUACAUGGAAAGAUGUAUGGACGAAAGGGUAUAUAUAUACUGUGUGAUUCACUGUGUCACAGUACAGCUUCCAUGACGAGACUUUGUUUGUUUUUGUUUUUUUGUUUUUCCCUUAAAAUUUAUUUUA